CUUGUGAGAAGAGUGAGAUAGAGAUAAGAAAUGGAAAAGAGUUCAAGAGUUGUAGCUCUACUGCUAGUCUUGGUGGUGGUGGCGGCGGCGGCGGCGGUGGUGCCGACGGAUGCGAAGAUGAGCCCGGCGGCGUGCCAGGCUGAGCGGCGGGCAGCCAUCAAUGCAUGCAAGGCAGUGGUGUAUGGGCAGCUGCCGAGCCCGCAGUGCUGCCAGCGGGCGCGAGUGACCCACGUCGAGUGUGUGUGCUCCAUCGUCACUCCCAAGCUCGCUGCUCUCGUCAAUGUCAACCGUGCCAUUAGGCUCAUCGAAGGGUGCGGCCGGCGGGUGCCGCGCCACUUCAAGUGUGGAAGCAUCAUCACUCCUUGAAGUUACUGUAAACUUCUUGUGCUGUUUAAGUUUAAAGGUGUAGUAUUAAUAAAAGAAUUGGUGUUACUGUAAUAAAUGUCCUUCAUCAAGACAUUGUUUAAUGUUUACACCAGGUAAAUUUAAUGGAAGAAGCUUUACUAUUAUAAUGCCA